CUGUUUGUAAGCUGAAGCUCUGCACACAUGCACUCGCUAUUCGGAACUUUGGCACAAGGCUGGCGGCGCGCGAGCUCCCUCUCCACACACACUUCACUAGGUUUUCCUGACUGCUGAUUGUUUAUAAGACAAGUGACAAGCUUGUUUCAUAUUGUGGAGAUUUGGAGAAACCACUAUCCAGCUUUGUCUACUGAAACUAAUAUAAAUUCAUAUCUGAACUGGCAGCCCCACUUGACCAUAAUGAGGCUGCUUUUGUUGCUGCUUUUGCUUUGUACACAUGAAACUCUCUGCCAGAAAGACUGUACUGGAGUGGAGUGCCCACUUCUUGACAACUGCAUUGAAGAAGUUUUGGAAAACGGUGCCUGUUGUGCCACUUGUCUACAAACUGGCUGUAAAUGUGAGGGCUACCAGUUCUAUGACUGUAUUAAUGCUGGCUUCAGAUCUGGCAGAGUGCCCGAGGGAAAAUCUUACUUUGUGGAUUUUGGAAGUACAGAGUGCUCUUGCCCACAGGGCGGCGGGCGGAUCAGUUGCCAUUUCAUUCCAUGUCCUGAGGUCCCUGCUAACUGUAUUGAAAUCUUGCAGCCAGCGGAUGGGUGUGUUCAGUGUGAGCGGAUAGGCUGUUUGUAUGAGGAGCAAAAGUAUGAGGCUGGCCAUUCAUUUCGAAUGAACCAAGACUGCCAAGUCUGCCACUGCCCCAAUAAUGGCGGGAAUUUAAUGUGUUCCCCGAUCCCAGACUGUGAUCUGAGGCCAGUAAACAAACCCCUGCUUGCAAAUAAUACAGAGAAAAACACACCAUGGAGACAUCAAAAUAAUGUCCAAAAUCUUUUCAAUCAUCAAGGCUCAAAGAGUCCCUUCCCCAAAACUUUUCCACAGUCAGACCUUGACAGUCUGCCUCCAUUCAAACAAUUCCCAAGUGACGUGGAGGAGGAGGAGGACGAGGUGGAGGAAGAGGAGGACUAUGACUACCCUAUUACAGAUUCUUCAAAAGAACUUAGGCAUGACCUAGCCUCUCCAGUGGAAUCCUAUAUUACCUCAGUUUCUGAUAUGGAAAACAUUCCCUCCCACCAAGCCAGGGGAACUAAGCAGGAGCUUAAAGAGAGAUUUGGUGUUCAUGAAUCAACAACAGAAAGACCAUGGUUUCCCUUAUAUGAAGAGAAGACAAGAGGGACAAAAAAUAAUCAGCGUAAUGUGAACUCUAUGCAAGAUGCUUUAGAAGUUCCUGAAGACAGUAUAACAGGAGCACAAAUUAACAUUCCUAAAUUUGGUGGGUCCAAAGAGAAAAUCCCCAUCUAUACAGAUACCACAAAUGAAGAACAAAUCUCUAUUUACAGAGACUUCACUGUAAAUAAAAGUUCUAGCCCCUACAAAGACAUAAGCAACACAGAAGUUCUUGAAAGUGAAAGAGACAGGCUGAGGAAGGCAUCAGACAAGAUCAUCAAAGACACCACUGACAGUAAUACGUUUGAUUCAAAUGAAGAUACCACAUACAGUGAAAUAGUCACUGAAUCUCCAGUUACUGUAGUUCCAACAAUGCCUCAAAAUACAGAGGGGACACAGAUGACAACAACAUGGCAGACUACUGAAGGCAGUUUUUCACCAGAUCAAGUUUAUUAUACACAAGGAACUCAAGAAUCUUACAGCACACAAAAGAUAAAGGUGAAAGAGCAAAAUGUCUCAUUAUCUAAUGUCACUGAGAGUGAUAACAAUCAUAAAAAGGAUAAAAUAGUUGACACACAGGAAAAAUAUACUCUUAGAAGAUCACAGUCUAUAAUGGUAAACAUCUCAACCAAUGAAUACACAACUUCAGCAACACCUGAUGGACUUGAUGAAGCCAAAUCAAACAUAAAUCCAGAGGUGAAUACGCAUCCUCCGGUGAUAUUCAGCCAAACCAGCCAGUCAGUUGUCAGAGUGAAGGAAGAGGAUGAGCAGCUUUUAACUAAACAUUUGCAGAGUGUGCUUGAAGUUGCAGAGAAAGAGGAAAGGGAAGAAAAAUACAGCACACUAAGUUCCAUUACAAACUCCAGUGAGGAACUGUCUACUUUGGUCAUAGUGGAGACCUGUUGUGAAGCUGGGCAGAAAUGGGCCUCUGAGACCCAGCACUGCAACCAUCUUCCCCCUGUAAUAGAAGAAUACUUUGUUUGUGGGACUGUUCAGGAGCAAUGUUGUGCAGGUGCUCUGAGAGAGAACAGGUGUUUAGCUGGCAUGUAUGCUGCCAGAGAUGGUGACAUGUGUGAAGAAAAUAGCAGCCCACACUGUGGAGAGGAUACCCAAAAGGAGUGUUGCAGCUGCUGUGCACUUGGUUUGCGCUUUCGACGUGAGGGAAAGGACUGUAACGCACAUCAACACCUUAGCUACCCUUGUGGACAUAUUUUUCUCACCUGCUGUGAAGAAGAAGAGGAACCGUAUAACACACCAGUACUAAAGAGAAAGGAGAGACCUAGACCUACUGCCCUGCCUAAAAAAGUUGCUGACAGAUCGUUUCCUAAACAGUCUCUUUCUAUUGUGGGGUCUGACCAUUCAUCUAACUCUGUGGAGAACCUGGAGGAUGUGGACGAGUGUAAAAGGUUUGAGGGACGACGCUGCCUCCAUGUCUGCAUCAACACAUUGGGAUCAUACAAGUGUGAAUGUCACCCUGGAUAUUCACUGAUGCAGGAUGGUCACACGUGUGCACUCGAGAAUGCAGAGGAGGACAACAGAGUGACAGAGGAAGGCAGUGUGUUUACUUUGGCCACAGCACCUCAAGAGACCACCCAAAGCACAACUGUACAAAAUCCAUGUGCAGGUAAUGGCCCAUGUUCUCAGCAGUGUUUUGGUGUGGAAGGACUGGCUCGUUGUUCAUGCUUCCCAGGAUUCUCUCUGAACUCUGAUGGACGGACAUGUGAAGAUGUGAAUGAGUGCAGCAGGGCCACACACACUUGCUCUCCCAAGGAGGUGUGUGUGAACAUGGAAGGUUUCUACAAGUGUGUGCUUCUUAAUGAAAGGUGUGACGUGGGCUUUAUUCACAACCAGAAUAGAGAAUGUGUGGAUUUGAAUGAGUGUGUGACAAACACACACACCUGCCAGCCCAACGAGCGCUGUGUGAACACAGUGGGUGCUUUCAUGUGCGAAAGGCAGAUUUCUUGUUCAAGUGGCUACCAACUGAGGAAUGGAGUUUGUGAAGAUAUUGAUGAGUGUGCGGUGCGGAGCCAUGACUGUGGCUCGGGAUUCCAAUGCCAGAACACACACGGCUCAUUCCGUUGCAGCCCGAAGCAACAACACUGUCUCACCGGCUUCUCUCAGGACCUGCACGGCAACUGCAUUGACAUCGAUGAGUGCAGCGUUGUGCGAGAGCCAUGUAUGUCAGGCUUCAACUGCAUAAAUACUGUGGGCUCGUACACCUGCCAGCGCAAGAUUAUAUUAUGCAGCAGAGGAUAUCACUCCAGCUCCGAAGGUUCACGCUGCAUUGAUGUGGAUGAGUGUGCAACAGGAACGCACCGCUGUACUGACGGUCAGAUCUGCCACAAUCUACCUGGCAGCUACCGAUGUGAUUGCCAGACUGGUUACCAGUAUGAUGCUAUACGCCGUAUGUGCAUUGAUUUGAACGAAUGUUGGCGUUACCCAGGGAAUCUUUGUGCUCAGAAAUGUGAAAACACUGUGGGCUCUUACAAGUGCUCCUGCACCACAGGCUUCUUCCUUUCCUUCGACGGCAAAAAUUGUGAAGAUGUUAACGAAUGUGACAACAGUCCCUGCAGUCAGGAGUGUGCCAAUAUUUAUGGCUCGUACCAGUGCUAUUGCCGUGUGGGAUACUAUUUGAAGGAGGAUGGCCACACCUGUGAAGAUAUUGAUGAGUGCUCUCAAAGCAUUGGGAACAUGUGUACCUUCCAGUGUGUGAAUGUUCAAGGCAGCUACCAGUGUGCCUGCCCCCCUCAUGGCUAUUCUAUGUCACUUAAUGGACGCACAUGUCAAGAUAUUGAUGAGUGUGCAACAGGAACACACAACUGCUUAGCAGGCCAAACUUGCUACAACAUCCAAGGAGGAUUUCGCUGCCUAUCCUUUACAUGCCCAGAGAACUACAAGAAGGUGUCAGAUACACGUUGUGAGCGGGUAAGCUGCUUCGGCUCUCAGUGCCAGAACAUGCCACUCCGCAUUACCUAUUACCAACUUAGUUUCCAGACUAAUAUCGUCAUCCCGGCGCAGAUCUUCCGCAUCAGCCCAUCUCCAGCCUACUCAGGUGAUAGCAUCAUGAUUAGCAUCCCACGUGGCAAUGAAGAAGGUUACUUCAGCACACGUCGCCUUAACAGCUUUACCGGAGCUGUGUACCUACAUCGUCAGCUUCAUGGACCACGUGACUUUCUCAUUGAUGUGGAAAUGAAGUUGCUGCGCCAGGGCACCGUCAACACUUUCCUCACCCGCAUCUAUGUCUUCAUUACAGCUUCCUCCAUGUGAUGACACUUUCUGUUGCAUCACAUUUCAUAGGGUGCUAAGUUCCUGAGGCAGUUGCCAGAAUAUCUCAUUAGCUGCUUUGCUGAACAGAUUUGAAAGACGCUUGUCCAAAAAGAGGUUUGAUGGUGCUUUUUUUUACAGGAAUCCAACAGCUUGUGUUCUGUCAUGGCUUGAGUCAAAAAGGGAAUAUGCAAACUGCAAAGACUGGCAGAAAUAUUUUGAUAUUUGUCUACAUUUCUUCUAAGUCAUACAAAUUACUCAAUAGCAGAUGUUAUCUUUCUGAAACAAUUAUGAUUUCUUGAAACAUUUUCUAUAGUGUCUAAUUAAUGUUUUUUACAAAACAGUACUUCCAUGCAGUGAAGAACGGUGGGGCGGAUGGAGUGGUAAAUUACAUUUUUAAUCUUUCCUUUCACAGAGCUACAUUCCUUUCUUUUAGCCACUAUAAAAAUUUCAGUCAUUUUGUAAACAGUUACUUGCUGUUCUCUAGUUAUCGAGUCGAUAAAUAUAUAUUUUAUAUAUAUAUAUAUAU